GAGCGCAGUGAAGUCUCUAGUAGUUGGUCGGUAUGUAGCAGCAGCAGCGGAGCUCCUGCCUGGGAUUACUUGGAGGUAAAACGCGCCUUGGAGAGAAAAUAUCACCCCGGGAUUAAGACUCAAACCACUCGAGGAUGAGACACACACCGUCCCGCUGAAGGAGACCUUUAAAACCCUGUUUUUCUGCACAUUUAUCACCGGUUUGAACGAAAAUGGCGAACGAGUCACCGGCCAAAAGUCUGGUGGACAUAGAUCUGGCAUCCCUGAGGGAUCCAGCUGGGAUUUUCGAGCUGGUGGAAGUAGUCGGAAAUGGCACCUAUGGACAAGUCUACAAGGGUCGACAUGUCAAGACGGGACAGCUGGCGGCCAUCAAGGUCAUGGACGUCACCGAGGAUGAAGAGGAGGAAAUUAAGCUUGAAAUCAACAUGCUGAAGAAGUACUCCCAUCAUAGAAACAUCGCCACUUACUACGGAGCCUUCAUCAAGAAGAGUCCACCGGGACACGACGACCAGCUAUGGAAAGACUUGGUCAGCAGUGAUGGCAGACGAAGGAGAGAUCAGAGAUCAGAACUCAAAUAUCUCUGCAGCAUCAGGUUCAGUUAG